ACUUAAUUCACAAUGAGGUCACAUUGACUUGAGAAGUCUCCUAAUUGCAUGCUUUAUAGCAUGUGUUCAAACCUCCACAUUAUUUUAUAUAAUUUACCAAUCUUCCUAUGUUGUUUCGUAUGUGGAUAACAAUUUAAUAUAUUUUUGCCUUUGUCUCUCUCUAAUGUUAUAUACAUGUGUGUAUAUAUAUAGACUGAGCUUAAUUAUAUUACAUUCCACAACUCUUAUUACAAAGAAAUUUGCAGAAAAAAAAUUAAAGAAAUCAAAGAAAAAUUAAAAUGGUGAGACCACCUUGUUUUGACAAAAAUGGAAUGAAAAAAGGUGCUUGGAGUGAAGAAGAGGAUAAUAAGUUAAGGGCUUACAUUUGCAGAUAUGGCCACCCUAACUGGAGAUUGCUGCCCGUAUUUGCCGGUUUAGCUAGAUGUGGGAAGAGUUGCAGACUGCGGUGGGUGAAUUAUCUGAAGCCCGGUCUCAAACGAGGAAAGUUCACCGAAUACGAAAAGGAUCUCAUCAUCAAAUUACAUGAUCAACUUGGAACCAAGUGGUCAGCCAUUGCAGCAAAAUUACCGGGAAGAACCGACAAUGAAGUCAAGAAUUACUGGCAUGCCCACAUAAACAAACGAACGAAACGAAACGAUACUAUUACCAAAGAGCAAUCAGUGUCUGGAUUAGAGGAACAUGUGUCCGAGGAUGUUUUUGGCAAAGAUUUAUCUGUCGAAAACCCUAAAAAUUUAGAUGAUCUCGAUACUUUUGUCGAUUCGUUUUUGGCUGAUAAAGUUAGUGGUGAUUUCUGGACCGAUAUAUAUUAUCGAACAUGUUUCGGCCAAUCAUUUGGAGAGGAAGAAACUCGUGAUUUUGGAUUAGUACACCAAGAAAUGCAGAAUGUUAAUAAGCCCACGUGCUCAGAUUCUUCGGAUUCCGGAAUAACUACUUCUUGGGGCUCAACUGAAGAAUCCCAAGAAAAUUUCUGGUCCGAACCACUACUUGAAGACGACACAUUCGACAUGGUACUUUGGUAA